CAGCUUUGAAGUCCAAGAAGACCGAAGGAUCAACGGAUCUAGUGGGAAAGGUCAUAUUAUCGCAAGACUAGAGCGAAAGAUCCAGGUGUAGACUCCAUUCAAGCACGAAAGGGGCUUGGUUUACUUGACGCGCCUGACUUCUUAUCUCGCAAGCGACACUGCGACCUAUAUCAAUCAGCAUGGCUUCCGAGGAUGACGCGCAAAAAUUGAAAACAGUCCAUCGCAUUCAAACAGCAAUGGCAUUUGGUUACUCGGGUAUGGGCGCCUGGUGUCUUCUACAGCCAUCCUCAGUAAUUGGACUCUCUCUCAACCCUCCCUACGCCUUGGUGAAUCGUACGACCUCGCUUCUUAUGAGCUGUUUUGGGGCUCAGGCGAUGACUUGUGGUUUGCUCCUAGGUACAGCCGAUAUGUCUCAGAAGAGCUUUACUAUUUUCGGUCUUGCAAUGAUUCCGUAUGUUGCAUUUAAUUUCUGGUUUGGACUCGGCCCUGGUAGAGAUGUCUUCACACCAUUGCUAUGGCUGGACUUUGUUGGGAAUAUGGUCUUUGGCUUGGGUUCUUUACACUGUGGGAGGCUGCUAGGAAAGAUUGGUCAAAGUCAAGAAGCCAAAAGAAGCAAAGAUUAGCUAUGCACGAGAGCAAGUGCAAUUAUCUACGCGGCGAGCUACCAAUGAAAGGGAGCUAGCUUGUAUAAAAUUCUUUCUUGCCGUUUUAUAAAAAUGGCCCACUUAUUAUGGUUGGCCGAUACGAUCACAAGGAAACUGGGAUUGCUGAGAAAGUAGCCCAAAUCAGAUUAGUGUGUUUGAACGUAGGGUUCGAGAAACAAUUCAUGAG